GUCGUCCAGGCCGACGACGAGCCGGAGCUCGUCAACGAGUUUGCCAUCGGCACGCACCUUCUCUACACGCACAAGAAGUUUAGUAUCUCGUACAACGGCCCGCACAUCAUCCAUGUCAACCUCACGUACGCCGACGUGGCGACGCCGAUCCAAGCCAACAAGAAGAUCGACUUUACCUACGAGGUGUCGUGGACCAAGACGGACAUUGCGUUCGACGACCGGUUCGAUCGCUACCUCGAGGACGAGUUCUUUGAGCACCAGAUCCACUGGUUUAGCAUCUUCAACUCGUUCAUGAUGGUCAUCUUCCUCUGCGGCCUCGUCGCGCUCAUCUUGCUGCGCACGCUCCGGAACGACUAUGCGCGCUUCGCGGCCGACGACGACGAGCUCCUCCUCGAGCCCGGCCACACGAGCUCGAUGCUCAAGGACGAGUCGUCGGCCGGCUGGAAGCUUUUGCACGGCGACGUGUUUCGCGCCCCGAAGAACCUGUUGCUUUUUUGUGCGCUCCUCGGGACAGGUGCCCAGUUGCUCGUGCUCACGCUGCUUGUGAUCCUCAUCUCGAUCGUCUCGUCGCUCUACAUGAAGCCCGGUGGCAUUGUCUCGGUGGGCCUCACGUGCUACGCGCUCUCGUCGCUCGCCAACGGGUAUGCCAGCGGCGCGUCGUACCACCAGUUCUUCUACCCGCGCGUCUCGAAGGACUGGAUCAAGGCCAUGGUGCUCUCGAUCGCGCUGCUGCCGUCGGUCGUCUUUGUCUCGCUUUUCUUUAUCAACGCGCUCUCGGUGGCGUACGGCACGACGUAUGCAAUUCCCUUUGUGACGAUUGUGCAAGUGAUUCUGGUCUGGUUCUUCGUCUCGUGCCCGCUCUCGGUGCUGGGCACGAUCCUCGGUCGCCACGGCGCGGCCAAGAAAGGGUUUCCGUGCCGCGUCAACAAGUUUCCCCGCGAAGUGCCCGAAGCGCGCUGGUACUUGCGCCCCGUGGUGCUCGGGCUCCUCACGGGCAUCCUUCCGUUUGGCUCGAUCUUUAUCGAGAUGUACUUUAUCUUUGCGUCGUUUUGGAACUACAAGUUCUACUACGUCUACGGCUUCAUGCUGCUCGUGUUUCUCAUCCUCUCGGUCGUCACGGUGUGCGUCACGAUUGUGUGCACGUACUUUCUGCUCAACUCGGAAAACUACCAUUGGCACUGGACGUCGUUCCUCUCGGCGGGCUCGACCGCGCUCUACGUGUUUGCGUACGCGAUCUACUUUUACUUUUGCAAGACCAACAUGUCGGGCUUCCUGCAGACGUGCUUUUACUUUGGCUACAUGGGACUCUUUUGCUUUGCGUUUUUCAUCAUGUGCGGCUCGAUCGGGUACUAUGGCAGCAGCGCCUUUACGAAGCGGAUAUACCGCAACAUCAAGAUCGAGUGA